CAUUAACACAAUGAAGUGUAUCAUUCUACUGUGCUUAUGUGCUAUUCUGCCGGACAGAUCCAACACGGACAAAGUCCAUCCAACGAUUCACAAAAAGCUGCAAAACCAUCUGAAGAACAUUCCUUGGUCCUGGAAAAUCAUGACAUCCCAAAUUGAAGAUGUCCAUCUAGCCUCCUUCAACGUCAAAGUUGUUUCCAUUUAUAAAGUCACUGGAAUGACGAAUAACAAAAAGCCCAAAUACAGAGACUGUUCAAUCAUAUUGAAGAAGAGACCAAAUACAGGAAACAGGACGGAGUGUAUGCGAUUUAUCCGGACCUUAAAACAAAGAAACUCGUGUACUGUGACAUGACAACAGAAGGAGGCGGGUGGACGGUCAUCCAGAAAAGACUUGAUGGGUCGACAGAUUUUUACAGGACAUGGCAAACCUACAAAAAUGGAUUUGGAGAUCCCAAGAAAAAUUAUUGGAUAGGAAACGACGCUCUACACUUGCUGACAAAGUCCGGCAACAAUGCCCUUCGGGUGGACCUUCAGAAAUUUAACGGUCAGAAGGCUUACGCCAAAUACUCCAAGUUCUCUGUUGGUGACGAAAGCAGCAAAUAUAAGCUAACUGUAUCAGGAUACAAGGGCACUGCGGGAGACAGUCUUGGCCCACAUAAUGGAAUGAAAUAUUCAACAAAGGAUCAGGACAACGACACAUAUGGAGGAAAUUGUGCCACGAGUCAUAAAGGAGCGUGGUGGUAUUAUCGUUGUUAUGAUUCCAACCUCAAUGGGCAGUAUGCUAACUCUGCCGUGGUUAAUACUCAAUACCUUAACUGGCAUAAGUUUGGAAAUAGACACGAGGCAUUGAAAAGAACAUAUAUGAUGAUCCGACCAUUAUAGUAAAUACAUUCUGUCAAUAAGCUUAAUAAAGCAUGGUG